GGAUGUCAUUUUGGUCACAGAACCAUUGUUGGCUCAACCCAUCUUCUGCUUAUUUUAAAAUAUUUUCUGAAUAAAGAUGAAGAGCAUGGUCUUUGGCUUCAGAUAGCCUGGGUUUCAAAGCAGACUUUUUUUUUAAAAUUAUUUUUGGCUGAGUUGGGUCUUGGUUGCUGCGCGUGGAUUUUCUCUAGCUGCGGCGAGCAGGGGCUGCUCUUCGUUGUGGUGCGCGGGCUUCUCAUUGCGGUGGCUUCUUUUGUUGCGGAGCACCGGCUCUAGGUGUGCGGGCUUCAGUAGUUGUGGCACGUGGGCUCAGCUGUGGUGGCUGGCAGGCUCUAGAGCGCAGGCUCAGUAGUUGUGGCACAUGGGAUUAGUUGCCCUGCGGCAUGUGGUCUCUUUCCGGACCGGGGCUCAAACCCAUGUGCCCUGAAUUGGCAGGCGGAUUCUUAACCACCGCGCCACCAGGGAAGCCCUCAAAGCAGACUUUCAUACUUACCAGCUUUUGGAUUUUUUAAAUCAUUAAUUAAUUAAUUAAUGGCUGUGUUGGGUCUAUGUUGCUGCGCGAGGGCUUUCUCUAGUUGCGGCGAGCAGGGGCUAUUUGCGGUGCGCGGGCUUCUCAUUGUGGUGCCUUUUCUUGUUGUGGAGCACAGGCUGUUGGUGCACAGCCUUCAGUAGUUGUGGCAUGCAGUCUCAGUAGUUGUGGCUCAUGGGCUUAGUUACUCCAUGAUCUGUGGGACCUUUCCGGACCAGGGUUUGAACCUGUGUCCCCUGCAUGGGCAGGUAGAUUCUUAACCACUGCGCCACCAGGGAAGUCCCUGGCUUUUGGAUUUUUAGGCUUAGUUAUGUCACCUGAAAAAUGGGAAUAAUAUGACAGGCCGAGAGUUAUUAUGAGAAUUCAGUGAGACAAUGUACAGCACCUGGCACAUGGAAAAACGCUCAGUAAACGGUAGUUAUUAGGCUUAGUAUGUCUCUGUACCCCGAGGGUAGCCACAGUCGCCCUACGGAACUUCUGAGGGUAAAGCUCGGCCAAAGAGGAUGGAUUUAGGGCCCAGGAUGGUGAUGGCGAUGGUUGGGGGGGCCAAGUACUGCCUAGGCUAUAUUCCUCUCCUCAGGGCCCCCACCCUGUCCUGGGCUACAGCCCAGCUCGGGACCCACUUUCCCCGGCCGGGGCCGCCCUGGAGAUCUGAGGCUGCAAACGCGGCGGGGGAACGUAGUGUGGGCGGAACUCGAGUGCAGCGGCGGGAGGCUUCCGGGGGAGCCGCAAGGGCAACGGGUCGGCGGAGGCAGAAAAGCGUCGGACGCCGGGCCGAUCAUGGACGCUUGACAACCUGCGGGCAGGCGCCGGGAGGCCAAGCCAGCGACCGAGAGGACGGAGAGGCGGCGAGGACGGAUCUCAAGACCAGAGAAUGGCAGGCGAACAGAAACCCUCAAGUAACCUCCUGGAACAGUUUAUCUUACUAGCCAAAGGUACCAGUGGCUCAGCCCUCACUGCUCUCAUAAGCCAAGUUUUGGAGGCUCCUGGAGUAUAUGUCUUCGGAGAACUGCUGGAGCUGGCCAAUGUGCAGGAGCUUGCAGAAGGAGGUAAUGCUGCUUAUUUGCAGUUGCUGAAUCUGUUUGCCUAUGGAACAUACCCAGAUUACAUAGCCAACAAGGAGAGCCUGCCAGAACUGAGCACAGCUCAGCAGAACAAGCUGAAACACCUUACCAUCGUGAGCUUGGCGUCAAGGAUGAAGUGUAUCCCCUACUCCGUGCUGCUGAAGGACCUGGAGAUGCGGAAUCUCCGGGAACUGGAAGACCUCAUCAUCGAGGCUGUCUACACUGAUAUCAUCCAGGGCAAGCUGGAUCAGCGAAACCAGCUGCUAGAAGUGGAUUUCUGCAUUGGCCGUGACAUCCGAAAGAAAGAUAUCAAUAAUAUUGUCAAGACCUUGCAUGAAUGGUGCGAUGGCUGCGAGGCAGUCCUGCUGGGCAUCGAGCAGCAAGUUCUGAGAGCCAACCAGUACAAGGAAAACCACAGCCGAACUCAGCAGCAGGUAGAGGCCGAGGUUACCAACAUCAAGAAGACACUCAAAGCUACUGCGUCCUCCUCAGCUCAGGAGAUGGAGCAACAGUUGGCUGAACGAGAGUGUCCCCCCCAUGCUGAGCAGAGGCAGCCCACUAAGAAGAUGUCCAAAGUGAAAGGUCUGGUCUCCAGCCGCCACUAGGGCCGGCUGGGGCAGCUGGCACUCACCAGGCCUGGGUCAGGUGGGGAGGGGACACCAAGGGCCUAUUUCCUCCCCUGUCUACCUUCCAUGAGUUCCAGACCUGCCCAUCCCCUCACCAGCACCUCCCCCCACAUUGGUACUGUUCCAGAAGAACCGUUAACUCCCUUCCCUCUCCCACUCCCUCUUCCCCAGUUGCUCCCUUCAGACUCAGGGGCUCCACGGAUGCCAUCCCAACAGGGCCAGACACUGCCCAGCUUCCCUCCAGGAGGUUCUUGUCUCUGUCUAAGGGCUUGUAUCCCUCCCAGUUUUUCUUUUGCUUCGUGUCAUUUUGUCAGGCUGGUCAUAAGCUGGAAGCAGCUUUAACUGGCCCACAGGGAUGACUGUGAAGGAGGCCCCUCUCUGAGUGACGGGAGGCACUCCUUCUCCAGCCCCAUGUGCCACAGUGCCCACCAUGGUGCAGGCGCUCUAGCCAGGUAUCAGAAUGCUUUGUUCUCCCUCUCCUGCCUUAUCCCUUGUUGGCAGCUCAGAUCAGGCCAUGGAGGGAUGUGAUGCUGGGCUAUGUUUACUAAACCUGCGGGUUUUCAGCCUCUUACGCCCAGCUCCAGUCUCUCAUUAGUUGGGAGCACCGGGCUGAUUAACCUCUGGAAUUUGAGCACCCGUAGGGGUCGCUGCGGGUCUGCUGGGUGGCGGAAGUUUCUUCCGGCUUGGUGUUCUCCGCUGGCCUCGCUCCCUGCUGCCUCUGACUACUCAGACUGGUUUUUGGUGUCAAGGCCCCGGCUGCCCACUGGGGUUGUCUGCCAACACUUGUUCUCCCGAGAUCUUUAAUUCUUCCCGGCUGCAUCCGUGGUGGGAUGGUGGUGUUGAGGCCCCUCUAUCUGGUGAAGGAUCUGUUGCUGCUUCUGUUUCUUUCUUCCCACCCUCCCUGGCUGGUGACCCAGAGCCCUCUGAUGAUGGCAUUCUCCUGGCAAGAGAAAAGGACUUGACUAGCCUUUCUGAACUUGAACAGUUUCAGGUUAUAUUUUAAUUUUUUUUUUUUUUUUUUGUACAGGUUCUGAUUCUAAUACAUUUCAACAUGCUUUUUUCCCCCCUCGUGUCAAUAUUUGUUAUAGACUAAUCGCCGGGGAGUUUCACCUGGUUGGAGGGUGGGGUGUGUGUAUGUGUGUGUGUGGUGGUGUUUUUUUUUUUUUUUUAAGGGGAGGUGGAGGUCCUGGACUGAUAUUAAAGAGAGAAAAAGCACAUUUUAGAAAACAAAAUAAAAGUAGAUUUAAUGUAUGUGACUGUGGAAUGUGAGGUUGCAUAGCUGGUAGAUCUUGAGGGGCUAGAAUUAGGGUGGUUCAGGGAAAAUGUGAUACUGUUUCAGUGCCAUGGUUAAAAAAUGGAUUUCUCCUUUUUCCAAAAUGUCCAACAGCUGCCUACCAUUGAUCAAAUAUUAACAAAAUACUCUUGUUUCCCUUUUUAUGAUUUAUGUCCCCAUAUAACAUUAUGCCCAGCUGGAGGGUUUAAUUCCCAAAGUAUGUUUCAUGAAACCCUUUGAUAGAUGCUCUGUGGAAAAGGGGUUCUGUUGUUAAAUAAAUUCGGCACAUCCUGCA